GGCACGUUAGUUACACCUGAGACUUUGGCGAAAACCGACGUGUUUUGUCGAAUUUGGCGCGGUUCGUGGUGCGUGGUUGGAACUAUUUUACCGUUUCCCAUCUAUCGAGGGGGCUGUUUGUGCAUUCUGUUUUUGCUUCUCCUCCGUUUUCGUUUUCAGUGCAGGUAUUGUGACGGGACGUGAAGUUGCAGUUAUCGGGAUACUGACCUAAGUGACCUUUAGCGGUUUAAAAGCUUCGGAGUCUCAGGAAGAAUUGGUUGGUUGAAUAUUUAGUGUUGUUGGCCAAUAAAGUUCUUCUAGCAGCGGAAUCAUUGGAGUGUAGCAAAACAAGAAAAAUUCAAAGUUGAUUGAUCUGCUUUGCCUCAAUUGUUGGAAGCGUUGGAAGUGAUCAGUUGAAUACACAUAUUGUUUGUAAACAAAAGUUCUAAUACGAUUUCAACAACACGCUGCAUCCUGAUACCAAUAAACCCAUUCCAGCGUCCUAGUUUCUUCAAACAACUGGACAUUCCACCCUCAUCCCAGCAGUGACUUCAACGAUCCCGAAAGAUCGAAACCCCUGGUUGCUCCUCAGUUGAAUAAUUCAUCAUCAUUCUGGAAUAGGCACUCUCCCCCACUCUAGGGGCAAGGUGUCCGACCUUCCCGUCACUGUGGACAAUGACCAGGCGGAAGUGGGACGGUGUCCCCCGUCUACCGGCUGACGUUCGGACGGAAUCAAUCGCCGGGCCCAAAACUUUCCUGCUCCUGUUGAGCUUGGGAGCCCUGGUGACGGUAUGCAGCGGCCAUGGGCGAUUGAUUGAACCACCGAGUCGAGCAUCAGCCUGGCGGUACGGAUUCUCCACCCCACCGAACUACAACGACCACGAGCUGUACUGCGGAGGGUUCACCCGGCAGUGGAAAAAGAACGAUGGCAAAUGUGGCGAAUGUGGGGACGCUUUUGAUGCCCCCAAGCCGAGACCGCACGAAUUCGGCGGCAAGUGGGGCCAGGGAGUGAUCGUCCGAAAGUACAAUCCAGGAUCGGUUAUCACGCUUCGCGUUGAGCUAACCGCCAGCCAUAUGGGCUACUUUGAAUUCCGGAUCUGUGACAAUGUCCAAGCCCAGCAGAGUUGUCUAGACAAGCACAUACUAAAAAUCAUCAGUGGAACUCCGAGCAUUCCGAAUCCCAGUGAUUUGGGUACCAGAUUCUACCCGCGCAAUGGCAGCCGAAUCUACGACAUGAAAGCCGAACUUCCCCAAAAUUUCGAGUGCAGUAAUUGCGUCAUCCAGUGGCGGUACAUAGCAGGUAACAAUUGGGGUACCUGCCCGGAUGGAAGCGGUGCCGUAGGUUGUGGCCCACAGGAGGAGUUUCGAGCCUGUGCCGAUGUUACGGUGGGUGAGUCUGGCAACCGAACUCCACUCCGACCAGGCCAGCGUCCAUUGCCAACACGAGGACCAACUGUCACACCGGAAACAACCGGCGACGAGGGAAUAGGCGAACAGAAUAUCGACGAAGAACAGCCAACCGGAGUCAAAUACAUGGGACCAUUGGUCGCCAUGUUGUCGCUUUUUCUGGUCCUAUGUGGAUUUGCUGCGCUCUAUAUUUACCACUAUCAUGGGCUUCGAAUAAAGGCACUCAUGCAAUGGAAUCGUAAUAAGCACCACAAAACCAUGGCAGCGUCUGAAACGAGCAGUCAAAGCUCAUCAGAACCUCCGGUGCCACCGCCCAGAACCAAGAGGAUCUCCCAAAACAUCCGUGAUAUCGAAGCCGAAGAAUCGAGCGUUCUAACGGGCAGCAGCAAAAACUCAAUUUUCACGCCCAAGCUGAUUACGAACGCGGACAAGGACAGCGGUAAACCUGAAAGUAAUUAAAAACCGAUCCCUUUUUUCGAUACUGCCGAGUGUCCUUUCCGAUGAAAAGGAAGCUCCCGUUUUUUUUUUAUUUAUUUUAUUAAGUAGUUUAGAACAAUUGAUCUAAAAUUAUAACACCCGACUGAUAGCGAGCAAAAUACAAAAACAAACUAAACACAUCUUAGCAUUAAAGUCAAGCGCCCAGUAUACAAUAACAUGUAAAGUACAGUGCGAAGAAGAAGGUUCAAGUAAAUAUCGAUAACAAUGCGCUAGGAUCGAUCGUUCAAUCGAAUUCGUGUUCGAUCGAUCAGUGUGUGUGCGAUUACCGGAAGCAAAUGAUUCCGGCAAUACUUAUUUCUUGAGGUGAAAUAAACACCGAACGGUUCAGUGAAAAGAAAAA